AUGGCGUGCUCCCAUGCGGCAUGCCCGCUCUACGGCGCGCUCCCCGCGUCGGCCGACGAGCGGGGCAGAUGCCGGCGUUGCGGACAGACCCUGCCUGGCCACCGCGUCCCCGGGGAUGUCGCGCUGGAGGGUGCCGCGAUGCAGGAGGAUGCCGCUAUGCAGGAGGUGCCUUCCGGCGCCACGCAGUCCAUGGCGGCAUUGCAGAUGGACGUCGCCUCGGGUGUUCCCUCCCCGCCCACGGUGCUACCGGAGAUGUUGCACCACUUCCAGCUGAUCCAGCCGCUCGUGGAUGGUUCUGCUGACGCCCGGUCGCUCCCGAUUCGGCUUCCCACGGGGGUCAUAGAGUUGCAGGUCAUCCUUACGAAACUGGGCUAUCACACGAAGUCCCAGGACAUGUGGGAGUUCUUAGGCUUCGCCAAGCUGGAGGGCCCCGACCCCACGGACGUGGACAUCUUGGCGCGAGGCCGUGCUGCCUCCACUCUCAUCUCCCUCAUCUCCGCCUCUGAUUGGCCACAGGACGAUGUGAUGCAGGCCAAGGCCUUGAUGGACAAGGUCUCUGCCGCAGUCGCGCACUGCGAGGUGGAACUUGCGCGGGUGCUCAAAGAGCGCCGCCGAUUCAGACCUGACCUGCUGCAUCUGUUUAAGGAGCUGGGGAUUGAGGCGCUGGCGGCCAUCAAGGAGACCGCGCAGAUCCCACGCAUUGAGAUCUACACGCAGUGGUCCGACGUCUUGCGUGCCGGAGACCCUGAUGCUCGGACACCUGCUGAGACCCGCGUCUUGGCGGUGAAGGCGGAGAAGGGCAACGAGGCGUUCUGGGACGACCUGGCCGGGAAGUCGGCGGUGUUCUGGACCCCCUCCGACAACAACUCGCUGACCCGCCUCCUGGCCGCCUUCUGCGGCGUUCCGACCCCGCCUCGCGCCCCGCUACCCUCAUCUUCGUCUCAGCCAUCCCCGCGACGACCGGUUUUGAACAGCAUCUCCAACAUCACCGACGUUUGCCAUUUCCCGCUCCUAUCUUCCACGUGGUUUCCUAUCGUCAAAGAUGUUGCCUUCAUCCCCUUCCUGUUCGAGGUCGUCUCGCCCACGAUGUCCGGAAUCCCUCGUGUCGGACGCCAGGGUUUGGCGUUAUUCUCCUUGCGGUUCGGCGGGCUACAAACGGUCCCUCGACUGAUCAACAUGGCCUCGCUCCUCCAGCUGCCCGAGGUGAAGGCGGUUACGUUCGACUUGCUCGUGGAUGGCCUUCCUGACUUCUUGUCCUUAUGCUCCCUACCACUCCUGACGGGUACGGUCCCUCGCGCUCGCCGAAGGAGCCCGCUCAGCACCUCGGAGACGCCGCGCAUUUCAGUGGACCUUGUUUUCCCGAGCCACCUCGCGCACUUCGACGUUAUCUCUACGCUCGGCGAGCUGCGACGUGCUCAUCUUCCUGGCUCUACCUUCUUCGGCCUCAAAGGGUUGGUGUCCGACUCCGACACCUUUAUCCUGGAGUGUAACGGGCAGGGGGUCUUCCGCCACUACUGGCCCCUCUGCUCGCAGGUGUGCAUCUUGAGCCCGACGAAGUUCCUGCUGGUGUUGGACGCGUCGGCUGGUUCUUGGAAGGGCGCCAUAGGCGAAGUCUGGCAGCAGGACGCCGCCAGCGCUGCGACGCGGCUGAAACGCCGUCCCUCGCGGUUCGGUGGGCGAGUCAUCGCCGCCCCUGCCGCUGUAGCCCCCCGCGCUGCGGCUGCCAAGCGUCGCGCAGGCAAGGCCCACUCCAUCUCGGGCUACCUCGCCGAGAUCAGGGUGCAGGGCGAAAUCGGGCUCCAGGACAACGAGGUGCUGAACAGGCUCAUGCAGCACGCGGUCGUGUCUACGGGCCUCUCCUUGUCCCUCGCCUCCGAUCCCGACAACCUCCAGGCCGGGGGGUGCGCUCCUGUGGGCCGCGGCCGCUUAGCCGCCGCCAGAGGGGUCAUCAAAGUGCUGACUAAGGACAAGGCGGACGUCCGCAAGCUCCACGGCGCCUUGCGCAACAAGGCCGUCCAGGUAGGUCAGGGCCCCAUCCACAUCCAGGUUCGCAAUGACUUGCUGGAGUUGGCCGCUGGUGAGAGGUCAGGGGCUGGCCUCGGAAUUUAUUGCAUUGACGAGCUGGGGCACUCGAGCUUCGCCGUGUUCGUCGUCUUCCACGCCCGCGUGCCGUCGGCGCCCUGCCUGCUGAUCGGCUGCUUCCUCCUCCGCUAUCUCGUCCACCUCCUGCCGCUCUCGCAUGGCCGCGGGCAGUUCCAGGGGGGCUUCUCGAUGACCUUCUGGAACGCACAGGCCUUAUUCGCUUCAGAUGUCUACCGCUUCUCCGCUAAGAGUGCGCACGUGCACAAGCUGUUGCAGAAGUCCGACAUAUGCUUAAUUACGGAGGCCCACGGCUCCGAGACACGCAACUCCACUUGGCGAGCCCCCCUGGGCACAACCGCCUGGUGGUCGGAAGGAGCUUCGGCCGGCCGCGCUGGCGUCGGGGUCGUCGUCCGCGAUUCUUUCCUGAAGCAGUUCUCCGAGCAGCCCCUGCGGGUCCACAUGUGGCGAGGCCGCGCUGCCAAGCUAUGCUUACGCGGCCCGAUGGGUGCCUUUGACAUCAUGGUGGUCCACGGGCAUGCCGGCAGCGCGCAGACCCCGACCGAUAGCGACAUGGGCGGGGUCCUGCGCCCCCGGCGCGCCGAUAUUCAUUCUUUGUGCGAUAUCCGGUCUCUGCUGCGCUCCAAGAUCAGCGACUCUCUCUCCCCCGCGGAGGGCUGCCUCGCUCUCUUGGGGGGUGAUUUCAAUUGGGUUAUUGCCGACAGGGACAGGAUCGCAUUGCGCACCAUGGAGCCUUCUGGCCAUCGAGACGCAAGGAGCGAGAGACAGUUCAAGGCCACCGUCGGCGACGAGUACGGUUUCGCAGAGAUGUUCUAG